AUGCAGGGUCUGUUGUAUACAGACAUAAACGAGUGCGAGACCAACAAUGGCGGCUGUGAGCAGAUCUGUGCCAACACUAUCGGAGGUUUCGAGUGCUCCUGUAGGGACGGCUUUCUCCUCGCUGAUGACGGCUUGACCUGUGCCGACAUAAACGAGUGCGAGACCAACAAUGGCGGCUGUGAGCAGAUCUGUACCAACACCGUCGGGAGUUUCGAGUGCUCCUGUAGGGCCGGGUUUCUCCUCGCUGGUGACGGCUUGACCUGUGCCGACAUAAACGAGUGCGAGACCAACAAUGGCGGCUGUGAGCAGAUCUGUACCAACACCGUCGGAAGUUUCGAGUGCUCCUGUAGGGACAAUUUCCUCCUAGCAGAUGACGGCUUGUCCUGUAACAACAUUGACGAGUGCGAGACCAACAAUGGCGGCUGUGAGCAGAUCUGUACCAACACCGUCGGGAGUUUCGAGUGCUCCUGUAGGGACAAUUUCCUCCUAGCAGAUGACGGCUUGUCCUGUAACAAGAUCAACGAGUGCGAGACCAACAAUGGCGGCUGUGAGCAGAUCUGUACCAACACCGUCGAGAGUUUCGAGUGCUCCUGCAGGGACGGUUAUGUCCUCGCGCCUGACGGCUUGUCCUGCACCGACAUAAACGAGUGUGAAACCAACAAUGGCGGCUGUGAGCAGAUCUGUACCAACACCAUCGGAAGUUUCGAGUGCUCCUGCAGGGCCGGCUUUCUCCUCGACACGAAUGGUUUCAACUGCUCAGACAUAAACGAGUGCGAGACCAACAAUGGCGGCUGUGAGCAGAUCUGUACCAACACCAUCGGAAGUUUCGAGUGUUCCUGUAGGGACGGUUUUUUCCUUGCGGAUGACGGCUUGACGUGCUUCGAAAUUAACGAGUGCGAGACCAACAAUGGCGGAUGUGAGCAGAUCUGUACCAACACCAUCGGAAGUUUUGAGUGCUCCUGUAUAGACGGUUUCCUCCUCGACAGUGAUGGACUUAGCUGCAACGACUGCCCCGACGGAUACAGGAGGUACAGGGACGGUUGUUUCCGCUUCUGGGGCGGGAAGAACGCUAAGAGCUACAGCGACGCCAGGCAGGUGUGUCAGCAGGACGGAGGGGACAUCUACAUGUGGAGGGAUGCUGCUGCUGUCGCUAGACUCAAGACCAAACUGAUCAGUGCUGGCUCCCCAAGUCUGUGGGUAGGCCUGAGUGAUGAGGACCUGGAGGGAACCUGGCUGUGGGCUGACGGGAUGGCCUUGGGUGGAAACGACUUUACCGACUGGUUCCCCGACCCGCCCGUCAACACGGAGGAGAAGGACUGCCCCGUGGCACGGCAGGCGGCCCAGUACCGCUGGAGGGCCGCGCGCUGCAACAAGCCCAAGGCUUUCAUCUGCCACGUACCGCUUGCUCCGUGA